AUGCCAUCAUCCACAAUCGCCUCAUCUCCCUCGCCAACAAAGCUCGGCGGCCCGUCUUCACAGCGUUCCAAUCCCGGCGGGUCCGUUUCUCCGACCAAACCAUCUUCCGCAGCUGCUUCGCGAGCUGGCACGCCCCGCUCAGCAUCUCCGUCCAAGCACGGAAGCUCUGCUGCACCCAUCCGACAUAUUCCCCCAGGCUGCCAGCAUCUCAGCUCGCUCCUACAGCUCGAUGGCACGGCCUCGUCGAAAAAGGCUUCUGCUGCAACGAAAAUCAAAUCCGAGGAUGGAGACGACGCAAAUGCAAGCAGCUUCGACUCGCUUCCGGCAAUAACCAAGUCGUAUCUGAAGCGCUACAUCGCUGGCCUCCGAUGGGGUGCGCAGAUCAGGACUGGAUACGUCAAAAUGAUGGACGAUGACGAGAAGGAGUCUGAGCUGGCAAAAUACAACGAAGAGAUGGCCAAGGCCGCCAAGCUUGGCAAGCAGACCAAGAAGCGUAGGAAGCUCGACUACCCACAAUGUCACACCUGCCAAGCGGACAUGCUGAGGCCCUUCAUCUGCCUCGAGUGCGCUUUCACAGCGUGUUUCUCGCCGCCGGUGGACGAUGAUCCGACGUCAGUAACACGCACCGCAGCCGAUAGCCACAUGAUCCAGCACCUUCGAUCCAAGAAGCACACGCUCGCCUUCGACCUCCUCUACGGCCACGUCUACUGUGCCGACUGCAAGGACUUUGUCCACGAUCCCGUACUCGAAGCGAUCCAGCGGCACGAGACCUGCCGCGUCAACAGCAACGUCGUCGGCCAGCAGUUCGGACCUGUCAAGAAGACGGUCGAGGCGCUCUUCCCACCCUCCUCCUCCUCCUCGGAUGUAAUGGCCAAAUUCUACGAGACCGACACUUCGAGCAUCACCUGUCGCGUGCCGCGGGGGCUGCGCAACAUGGGCGCGACGUGCUACAUGAACGUUAUCAUCCAGGCCUUCCUGCACAACCCGCUGCUGCGCAAUUACUUUCUCUCGGACCGGCACAACCCUUCGCUCUGCAACGGCGCCAAGACGUGCUUGGCUUGCGAGAUGGACAAGAUAUUUUCCGAGUUCUACUCGUCCGAUCCUGGUGCGACUGUUUCUGCGUCAUCUGCGAGUACAGCUCCGGGAGCGAUUGUGGGAACGGGCAACGGUCAUGCGGCUGGGACCGAGAACGGCACAAACGGUCUGACAGCGAAAGGCCCGCAUGGUCCGACCUCUUUCCUCUACUGCGUCUGGGUUGACCAGGCGAGCAGCGAGCUCGGCCAGGCGGGUCAGCAUGAUGCCCACGAACUCUUCAUCUCGGCACUCAACGCCAUCCACACCUCACUCACCAGUCGAGCGCUCGAGCGGUCGUCUCUGCCCUCGUUCGCUUAUGAACACCAUGACGCGCUCAGUCUGCUGUACGACCACUACGAGGGCGUCGGCAGUUCGGGUCACCAGUCCGAGGACGAAGGGAUGGGUGGGCACGGUACGCCGGUGGGCCAGAGCGCUACUAACGGCGGCGUAUCAGGUUGCCCCUGCGUAGUGCACCGCACUUUCGCCGGCCAACUCCAAUCGGACGUCACCUGUCAGCGCUGUGGCAAGGUCAACACCACCCGCGAUCCCAUGUUGGACCUCAGCCUGGAUGUUCGUCCCGAAUCUCUGCGUCGCAAAGACACCGCGCUCAACGGCAAGCCCAAACCUCCCUCUUCCAAGCCCGUCCCUACACCCCCCAACGGCGAAGGAGAAGAAGAACAGCACCUGACCAUCUGCCUCCAGCGCUACUGCUCCGAAGAGAAACUCGGGAACAACGACUACACGUGCACAUCCUGCGGUGGCUCCGCCGCAGCAACCAAGCAGUUGAGUCUCUUCCGUCUUCCACCCGUGCUGUGCAUCCAACUGAAACGGUUCGAACACACCUCGUCGGCGAGUAAGAUCGAUACCAAGGUGCGCUUCCCGCUCGUGCUGGAUGUGCGACAGUUCUCCACGGCCGAGAUCCGCACGAACCAAGGAGGAACAAAUCCAGACCCAGAGGCGUAUCUGUACGAUCUGUUCACGGUGGUGGUGCAUGAAGGCAGCAUGAACACGGGGCAUUAUACGAACUUUUGCAAGUGGAGAGGCAGUUGGUAUAGGUUUGAUGAUGAUAAGGUUCAAGCUACUGGAGAGGCGGUGGUGCUGGCGGCGAGGGCGUAUCAGUUGUGUUAUCGGAGGAGGCUGCUGAAGAAUGUCGUGACGAGGUCGGGAUAG